CUUGUAUCAUGUAUUAUUGGGAUUGCCAAAAGUCGUCAACGUAGCUCAUUGCCGCCGCAUUCUCUUCCCCAUCCUCCUCUCUGCCGCUGGAAUCAUACACGGCCACGACAACCGCCACUUCCGCAGUAGCCUCUCCAUCUCUCAGUCUCUUGUCGUUAAGAUGGAGAGCGGAAAACCGAAAGACGAUGCAGAUGCUAAGGCAAAAGGCAGAAAAUCCAAUAUUUGCCAGGAUUGUGGCGUUGAUUUCAAAAAGCCUGCUUACUUGAAGCAACAUAUGCAAAGCCAUUCCUUCGAGAGGCCAUAUAUUUGUUCAGUAGAUGGUUGUCAAGCUAGUUAUAGGAGAAAGGAUCAUUUGACUCGCCACCUUCUCCAGCAUCAAGGAAUACUAUUCGAGUGUCCAAUUGACAGUUGUAGCCGUGAAUUUGCAUAUCUAUCCAGUGUAAAUAGACACUUGAAAGAACUCCAUGAAGAUAAUGCUCCUCCUGAAGUUGAAUGUCAGAAACAGUUUGUUUGUCCAGAGGAUGGAUGUGGAAAAGUCUUUAGAUAUGCAUCUCGACUGCAAAAGCAUGAAGAUUCUCAUAUGAAGCUGGACUCAAUAGAGGCAUAUUGUGCUGAACCGGGUUGCAUGAAGACAUUCACCAACAAGCAAUGCCUUGCGGCACAUAGACAGUCCUGCCACAAGUACAUAAAUUGUGAGAUUUGUGGGAAGAGAAAAUUGAGAAAGAACAUCAAACGACAUCUACGACAAGCGCACGAGAGCGAAGGUCCACAAAAGACAAUUCAAUGCACACAUGAGAGCUGUAGUAAGGUUUUUUCAUCAAUUUCAAAUCUCCGCCAACACAUGAAAGUUAAGCACCUAGAUCAAAAACCUUUUGCAUGUGGCUUUUCUGGUUGUAGCAUGAGAUUUGGUUACAAGCAUGUCAGGGACAAUCAUGAGAAAAGUGGCUACCAUGUUUACACUAAUGGGGAUUUUGAAGUAGCUGAUGAACAAUUCCGCUCAAAGCCAAGGGGAGGACGAAAAAGAAAGUGUCCAACCAUUGAAAUGCUUAUACGGAAGCGGGUUACCCUCCAAGCAUGCGAUUUCAUGAUGGAUGAGGAAUGCUAAGUCUUCUUUUUUCUUUUUUUCUUUUUUAAGUAUUUGAACUUCUAACUUCUUUAGAUCGUGGAGACAUGCCAUUAAGGUUUGUUUGCUUUGUCUGUAGGCGCCCUAUUAGUAAGAAGCCUCCCCAUCUUUGUUACUUAUCCAUGUUCCCGGCGAAUAUUUGGUGGAUAUCCAAUGUAUAGAAUGAUAGAAUCUGUAUGUAUAUUAUACCUCCAAUGAAUAAGUUUCUGUCUGAA